AUGAGGGUCCUGGAGGAACAGUUCCCCUUCCCGGUGCAGGAGAGGGGAGGGGCGGUCGGGGGGCCCACACUCAGGCCAAAGGGCCACUGUGGCUUUAAGUGUGCUCCUUGUGUGGCCAGAGCAGCCAUUGCGCUGAUGCAAAGUGACAGGGACAGAUGUGACAUAUCGGUUCCGACACACUUCCAUACCACCAGUCACAGGCUCGGGGUGACUCACAUCCCCCUGCUCUGGUCCUGUCCCCCCGCUGCAGGACAACAUAACGAUGCUCGAAUGAACCUCGCCAUUGCCCUCACUGCUGCCAGGUAUGGGGCUGCCAUAGCCAAUUACACUGAAGUGGUGCACCUACUGAAGAGGGCAGACCCUCAGACGGGGAAGGAGAGGGUCUGUGAAGCGCACUGCAGGGAUAGGAUCACAGGGCAGGAAUUUGAUGUCAGAGCCAAAUGUGUUAUCAAUGCCACGGGACCUUUUACAGACGCGCUGCGGAAAAUGGAUGAUCAGAAGAACCCCGACAUCUGUCAGCCCAGUGCUGGGGUGCACAUCGUCAUCCCAGGCUAUUACAGGACAAUAUGUGCACCAUGGGUUGAGGCUAGGGGAGCAGUGGCUGGAAUUGAAACCAGCUGA